UGUUGGUGGCCUGUACCCAGAGCUGCAGCAGACAGGCCAUGAGGGCCCAGAGCAGCCCUACAAUUAAACGGGGAACAUCGAGAAGCAAGCCAUGUCUUUAAACUACAUCAAAAACUUCUACGAAGGAUGCCUCAGGCCUCCUACAGUGAUAGGCCAGUUCCACACCUUGUUCUUCGGCUCCGUGCGGAUGUUCUUCCUGGGCGUCCUUGGCUUCGCCGUCUAUGGGAAUGAGGCGCUGCACUUCAGCUGCGACCCUGACCGCCGAGAACUCAACCUUUACUGCUACAACCAGUUUAGGCCCAUAACACCGCAGGUCUUCUGGGCAUUACAGCUGGUAACAGUCCUGGUUCCUGGAGCAGUAUUCCACCUUUAUGCCGCCUGUAAGAACAUAGACCAGGAGGAGAUCCUCGAGCGACCUAUCUACACAGUCUUCUACAUCAUUUCUGUUCUCCUGCGCAUCAUUUUGGAAGUCAUCGCCUUCUGGCUACAAAGUCAUCUCUUUGGCUUUCAGGUUCACCCACUGUACAUGUGUGAUGCCAGUGCUUUGGAAAAGGCUUUUAAUGUGACAAAGUGCAUGGUACCUGAACACUUUGAGAAAACCAUCUUCCUCAGUGCCAUGUACACCUUCACCGUAAUCACCAUACUUCUCUGUAUUGCCGAGAUAUUUGAAAUACUCUGCCGACGGCUGGGCUAUCUCAACAAUCAGUGACACAAGUGCACAGAUAAAAUGACUUGUGGUAAACCUGUCUGACACCUUAUCUGCCAGUUAUACCGGGCUCCUGCCGGCUACGGCUGAACCUUUAUAAAACAGGGAGCGAACAGAAGACCAAAACCUCACCUGUGGUCAAUCGUGAGUAAGUGGCACUAAGAAAUUUGAGACAGUCCAACAAUGUUAGAGCUGGCAAGUCUGAAAUAACCUCCAGAGUUUAACCAUAACUAUAGAGUGAUGAUCCCUGGUUGUAUAUCAGAUAUCAGUGGGUCUGUACUGGUUGUGUCCAAAGGUGUUGUGUGGACAAUAGUUACCUCUUACUGAACACUUGGGGAUGGACUAGAAAGACUUUUGGUUUUCUUUUUUUUCCUACACAACAUGACUGAAGGACAGACUUCAUGGUGCUACUAAAAACUCUUUCCAGAUGGAUUACAGCCCAAUGUCAAACACCUCAAAGGCCCGUAACAAUCUUUUCUUGGAGUUGUACCUCAGAUCUGACUAUACAGAAGAAACCCCAGAAGCAUUAGCUGCACACAUUUUUCUAAAGGGCCUAGCAUGCACUAAAUGCAUCAUGGUUUAUCGAGCCAACUUGAUGCAUCCUCUGUGGACUCUGUUCACUUAUGGAGUGCCAACCUAAACAGUUCUUCUUACGGUGCAAAAAGAUCUGACUGGAAGGCGUAAGGUCUUCAUGUAAUGUAACUGUUAACAAUGCAAUUAACUAAAGAGCUAGUCACAUUAUUCUGUAUAAAGUGCAGAUGAACAUAACUGUCUAGCUUGCCUUUCAGGUGCCGACCACCAAACGUGACAGGCACAUCGCAGAGCUGGCCACAGAUUGUCACUCAUGCCAUGCAUAAGAAACUGUCAUCCAGUAACUUUAGCCAUGGGCGAGUGAAUUGCAGGUGCCAUUGCUUCUGACACUUGUAUGUGUGACAGUUAUUGCUUCCAAUGUGUGUCUGAUGUUGCUCAAGGUCUGUUUUGACCUUCACUUCAAUCAACACAAGCGCCACAACUUUGUUGUCAUUUCAUAUAAGAUGGUAGUUCUUAAACAACUUGAUCAUCAAGCUCAUGUGCCGGUUGAGCCUAAACAUAUGCUUGAGUUUACCUCAGUGAGAUUAAAAGGCAUCUUCAGACCACCGAUGCUUCUUACCAAAGAUGCCAUUGCUAAAAUGGUUGCUAUGUAGUGUUUUACUCUUCAAGGUAAAGAUCUGCCCAAAGAUGCAACUUAUUAUGAAAUGGGUUUGAUGCAAUG